AGGGCAGAGGGAGAGAGAGACAGACAGAAGACGGGGAGGGAGGUGGGGAGGGAGGGAGGCAGCGAGGGAGGGGCUGGCUCCGGAGGACGAGGAUUCCAUGCGUCCAUGUCUGUGGCCAUUUAAAUCUCGAGGCCGAGGUCGAGGAGUGCGUCGGAGUCGCGCUUGAUCGCGAGCCGGGGACGUCGAGCGUGGAGAAUGUAGGCGGGAGGUUUCGGGAGCUCGAUAGACGGACUCUUCUUGGUCGAAUUCAAAAUGACGUCAAUUUUGACAGCGGGUUCCUCCGCCCCCGUUUUAGCGUCGUUUUCCUGUUCGAAUUCUGCCCCGGAUGGUGCCCUGUCCGGUGGAAAUGCUGUUCGAGCUGGCGUGAAGGUUUCUCGGUCGACAAAUUUGUCCGGAAUUCGAAGAUCGGGAAAUCUGAACGCAUUCUCGCAGGGAGUGAGGAGUUUUAGUGUUGGAAGUGGAGGAAUUCUGAGCACGAGAAGGAACCGAAAUCUACAUGUGGUUGCCGCAAGCCCCCCCGCCGAAGAAGUCGCCAUCAGUACGGAGCCCUUGACGAAACAGGAUCUCAUCGCGUACCUGGCCUCAGGAUGCAAGCCUCGUGAGAAGUGGAGAAUUGGAACAGAACACGAGAAAUUCGGGUUCGAGUUAGAUACUCUGAGGCCUGCAGAGUAUAGCAAGAUUGCGGCGCUCCUCGAGGGCUUAGCAGAACGCUUCGAAUGGGAGAGAGUAUUGGAAAACGGGAACAUCAUCGCUUUGAAAAUGAAUGGCCAAAGCGUUUCUCUGGAGCCUGGCGGUCAGUUUGAACUUAGUGGGGCCCCGCUCGAAACUCUACAUCAGACUUGUGCCGAAGUGAACUCUCACCUCUAUCAGGUCAAAGCUGUGGCUGAGGAUUUGGGUUUAGGUUUUUUGGGCAUUGGUUUCAACCCGAAGUGGCCAGUUUCAGAAAUCCCUGUCAUGCCGAAGGGCAGAUAUGACAUCAUGCGCAACUACAUGCCCAAAGUAGGAUCUCAUGGUCUUGACAUGAUGUUUCGCACGUGUACUGUUCAGGUGAACUUGGAUUUUUCCUCUGAAGAAGACAUGGUGAAAAAGUUCCAAGUCGGCUUGGCGUUGCAACCGAUUGCAACUGCUCUUUUUGCCAACUCACCCUUUUCUGAUGGGAAACCUAAUGGCUACAUCAGCUACCGAAGUCACAUCUGGACCGAUGUUGAUAAGAACAGAACUGGGGAUCUUCCAUUUGUCUUCUCCGGUAAAUUUGGGUUCGAGGAUUACGUUGACUAUGCCUUAGACGUCCCUAUGUAUUUUGUUUACCGUAAAGGUCGAUACAUUGAUUGCGCUGGUUUGUCUUUCAAGGACUUCUUGAAUGGAAAGCUGCCAAAUAUGCCCGGUGAAACUCCAACUUUAAAUGACUGGGAGAAUCAUUUGACGACUAUCUUUCCAGAGGUGCGGUUAAAGCGUUACUUAGAGAUGAGAGGUGCAGAUGGUGGUCCUUGGAAGAGGUUGUGUGCUCUGCCAGCAUUCUGGGUAGGGUUGUUGUAUGAUGAUGAAUCCCUGCAAGGAGCGUUGGACAUCAUUCACGACUGGACUGAGGGCGAGCGUGCUAUGCUUAGGAGGAAGGUACCGAAGAUGGGCCUGCAAACACCCUUCCGUGAUGGUCUUUUGAAGCACGUCACGCAGGACGUGUUUCAAUUAGCUAAGGAGGGUCUUCGGCGAAGGGGUUACAAGGAGGUUGGAUUCCUAAAUGAACUCGAAGACACCGUGAAGUCAGGGAAGACUGUAUCAGAAAAGCUCCUGGAGUCGUAUCACGGAAAGUGGGGAGGGACUGUCGACCCCGUUUUUGAAGAGCUCUUGUACUAAAAAUCGGCUGUUAAUAUGAGCCUUCAGAGUAGCACGAAAAUUGUAUCUGGGCUGUUAGGGUGGUCCUAUUUUUUGCGGGCGCAGCUGCUACCGGGACUGAUCGAAGUCCGAGCUGAUCGCCCUGCCCAUUGAGAGAUCAUGCUUUUCUCCUCUUUCUUCCUAUGGUUUUUCGUAGUGUAGCAUAAGUUCAUUGGACUACGGGAAGGAGCAUCCGAAUUGGACUUCUCCUUUUUCGUUUACCGGUUCUCAACAUGGAAGAGUGCUGUUUAUGCUUAUACGUGUUGACUAACGUAGUCAUGAGGGUGUGAAGGGAAGGUUAGUAAAAGCAUCAUGAUCGGAAGGUGGUCACCUAGGGGCAUCGAGGUCGUACAACACCACGUGAAGAAGAUGGUGUCCAUAUUAUUUUUGAUCCAUUUCGUGUCGCUGGCUACUAUUCACUUUUCAAUCUGUUUCAACGCCUUUGAGUUGUGAUAGCGAUGUACAGUUUCCAUCAAAUUAUUCAGAGUUUGCUUCACCGGCGCUUGUUUUCCUUCUCGUGAGUUCAUUUAUAUGGUCCCUCGUGCUUCACGACGGGCAUAAUAUAGUUGAAUUUACAGAGCAGAUGCUGUUGGCUGUG